AUGAUUCGCAUCGAGAACGACGACCACGGACGAAAUUUGACGGCAUAUGUGGACGCAUGUAUAGCCCUGUCUGACCCGUACGGUCUGGAGAUAACGUGCCGCUCUGAGCUCUUCCAAAGAAGUCUCAUUGCGCAGUUGCUACCGCAUGCACACCGUUGGGAAAUCCUCGAUCUCGGUGGUCCUUGGCAUGACGUCCUCUCUCUUUCUGCUGCAUCGCCCAGCUGCCCACGACUGAAGAAGGUGGUCUUGGCGGACUUUUGCGAGAAUCUGGUGGACAUCACGAGAGUGUUGGACUUCACCAGGGGCAGCAUCGGGCAGGUCGAGUAUUUCAAAGUCGAGACGUGUUCCGUCACCCGUGUCGAGGGUGACAUGGACAUACCGCCUUUCACCAGCCUCCGCCAUCUGGAAAUCGCUGUGGGCGAUGGCGUGUGCUCCUGCCCUUCCCGAUUCCUUCGCACUGUGCUGCUGUCGAGGUUGACCAUUGAAUCCCUCGUGGCCGACUGCUGCCCUAUUGAUGGUCCAUGGACGGAGCUGGACGCUGUGGAGCCGAUCUACAUGCCCGCCCUCUAUGAUCUUGACCUUAGCAUCACAUCACACGUCUUCAUGCGGCGCAUCAUCGCGCCUGCUCUCGAGAGCCUGUAUCUGACCGCCCCCACUUCCGCGCGCGGUCUGCCAGACGGUGACUUCUGCACGUCCCUCUAUGCGCUCGUAUCCGCAAGCGACGCGCCGCACUCCCUUCUCAGCCUCAGGACGGUGGAUACCCCGGAAGACUUUGACGAUGUCGCUGCACUCGCAUUCACUCGAAGCCUUGAACGGCUCGGAAACCUGGAGACGCUUUGGGUGCAAGGUGCACAUAAUGCAGAUCAGGUCAUGUCCCGAACUGCCAUCAAUGCGCUCACGUGUCGGGAGGGCUUCCCGCCACUCGUCCCAAACCUCAACUGGCUCGUUAUGAGCCCGGGCUACAACAAAUUCCCUCCCGAGGCGGCGAUAGAGCAUGUAGCACUGCUACAGAACGUGCUCUUGUCUCGCGCGAUCCCUCGUGUCAUUGAGGUGAUGGGAUCGUACGCUUCAGAGAAGUAG